GCUUAUGAUCUCACCUGUUUUCCUCAUACUUGGGUGGGCUGUGGCGGUUGUGUCAUUCCGGAGUUCUUGUGCAAAGAAUAUGACGAGGACACCUUUAAGAAAAUGAUGGAUUUGGCACUUCUAGCACUCGAAAGUAUCAAUGACCAAACUGCGUACUCCGAGACUGGUGCCACCACC